CUCACGUUUCACAGGCGAUGGGCAGAAGUGUGAGGGGUGCAUUGAACAAACACACUAGACAUUUAAAGUAGUAAAUAAAUGAACAGAGUGUAAAACGCGCGAAGUAGAGAGUUUGGACAUGUUACGUUAGUUGACUUAUUUUCGGUUAUGGUUGUAUUUGCUCUCAGAAAUGAUGUUUUCGAAAAGCCUACACUAUCUGCAUUGACAGGAUCCUCUUUUUGUUUUAAAUAAUAUUGGUGACGUAGACCCACAUUUGUGACAUAACAAUAAAAAAAAUAAAAUCUCCGUUCAGCAAAUGCGUGCUUUCGGUUAGUUUGUCCACAGAAAUAAUGUCGUCCUCAAUGAUAAUCCCAGUGAUUGAUGUGCAGGGAAACAAUUUUAAGGAGUUGUGGGCGGCGAUGGUGAUAGCCAUUAAAACGUCUUCAUUCAUCGCCAUUGAUACGGAACUGAGUGGUCUUGGUUCAAGGAAAGCUCUUCUAGCUGAGUCGAUUGAAGACAGGUACAAUGCCAUAUGCCAUGCUGCCCGCACCCGAUCUGUACUGUCUUUGGGGUUUGCCUGUUAUAAGGAGCUUGAAAACAAAGCCGAGACCACUUACCUGGUCCAGGUUUACAAUCUUACCUUGCUUUGCUCGGAGGAAUACAUCAUUGAACCGCAGUCAGUGCAGUUCCUUGUGCAACAUGGAUUUGACUUCAACAAACAGUAUGCUGAAGGCAUUCCUUAUUAUAAAGGGAAUGACAAAGGAGGCGAUGCCCAUGGGGUAAACAUACGGUCAUUAUUUGUCGAACUUCUCAGAGCCAACAAGCCCCUGGUGCUCCAUAACGGACUGAUAGACCUGGUCUUCUUGUAUCAGUGUUUCUAUGCCCAUCUGCCUGAUCGUCUGGGCACCUUCACUGCCGAUCUCUCCCAGAUGUUUCCCUCAGGAAUCUACGACACAAAGUAUGCAACAGAGUAUGAGCUGAGGUUUACCGCCUCCUACUUGGAGUAUGCCUAUAAGAAGUGUAAGCUGGAAAAUAGCAAAGCCAUUGAAGCAGAAGGCAGUGGGAGUAACCUGUUCGUGGAGUUUUGUAAAUACACAGGCAACAUGGAGACCUACAUAGACUACAGGCCUUGCUUGGACAGCCAGAGUCAGGAUGAUGGAGCCCUCAACAUAUGUGUUCAGUUCUCCGCUUAUGGAUGGUGUCCUAAUGGCUCCCAGUGCCCCAUGUCACACAACACGGACCUUAUAAUCCAGCAAGAUGAGAAGACCAGAGAAGACAAGAGGAAGAAGCGGAAGCGCAAGAACAAAAAGAAAGGCUCUCAGGGACCCCCAGAAACAUGCAGUUCCCCGCAGGGCAAAAGAACACACUUUGAAGAAGCCGAGCUGGACCAGGCUGUGCCCACAUCUGAACAUCAAGAGAAGACCCUGAAUGCUGAGCCAACAGACGAACCUGGAAAAACAGCCAGCAACAAUGGAGAUGAGCAAUCCCAGCCAGAAGCAUCUACUGAAGCUCAGGAGAAACCAAAGGGGAAGAAAGUGGAAGGGGGUACUCACAGAGCAGGGUUCGACGCUUUCAUGACAGGGUAUAUUUUUGCGUAUGCUAGAAAUUUGAUGAAAAACAAAGAAGAAUCCAGCAGCACUCCUGUCAUUUCUACAUGUCUAAAUAAGCUGUUUCUCAGCGGCAAGUCUGUUCCUCUGCAUGUGGCCAAAAGCACCUUUUCCAAAUCUUCAAAGGCUCAUGUGCAGAAGAUGGCCUAUGUCUGGGGGAAAAGCAUUGAUGUAAACAUGGAAAAAAGUGCAUAGAUUCUUUUCAUUUUGUGUACAAUUUUUGGACAAAUAAAAUGAACUUUUUCCC